CAAAAGAGUACUGAGGCGACUGGAAUCACAGAUUUGAUCCAACUGGCAGCGGAUAUCAAUGGUCUUAUGUUAUCCUUUUCAAGAUAUAAGGACCUAGUCAUGGCCAAUGGUAAUGAUUUGCAUAAAAUGAAAUCGUUUUUUGAAGCAUUCGUUAAAUCGUUGUGUAAUGGCCUUCCUUCAAAUCUGGUUCGUUAUACGUUACAGUCUCCCCAACAAAAAUAUAAAUUGAGCGUCAAUGAAAUUCUGAAACACUCCAAGGACUUUUCUGAAGCAUACCAAUGUCCACCUGGUUCCGAAAUGAAUCCUUCGGAUAAAUGUAUUCUUUAAAGUGAUGAUCAGUUUGCGUGUGUGUGAGUAUCUUUGCUUAUAUGGCCGUGUUUCUGCCAUUGUACCUG